AUGCACUUCACCAAAUUCCUCGCUCUAGUGGCAACACCAGCCAUUGUCAUGGCCACCGUGGAUCCAUGUUCAUCAAACACAAAGGGCUACAAGCCAGCCAGCCUGAAUUGCUCCGCCAGCAAGGUCUCAACCGCUAUUCAAGCUGCCGAAUGCUCACACAACACGCGCGUUUCUGGAACCCAAACAUUCGCCGUCUUCGAGACGAAUCAUCAGUACGACGAUUACAAUGGUGCACCGUACGGCACCUGCAGCGCAUACACAUGCGACGCUCCCACCAGUGAUGAGUUGGAGGAAAGCUCGGACUACUGGAUUUUCUACUGGAGCGAUGAUGGAGAGGACAGCGGUGUUGGCACUGGUUGCAUCAAAGAUCCUCAGACUGGGGUUUGUGGCUGUGAGGAUUCGGAUGGGACAUUCGUUUCUGGCAGUGACAGCUGUACUUAG